AGGCGGGUCCGGCCGGAGGCAGGCGGGGCGGCUGGGGCCGAGCCCAGAGCUCCGGGCGGUCGCAUUGUUUUCCUCCGCGGAGCCACGGCGGAGUGGGGGCUGCGACCCAGACCCAGAGCUCUCGAGAGACAACGCCCCAGAGCCCAGAUCCAAGGACUCUCCAAUCGGGACGCGCAUCGCGUCUCGCCGGAGCCCCAACCCCGGAGUGCGAACUCUGCGUGACGUGGGGCUCCGGCCGCCCGCCGCUCUCUGGAUCCCACCGACCAGGCUCGCCCAGCAAGUCAGAGGUGUCUUACCCCCUCUGAGGUCUCCUGUCCCCCUCAGUCCCCACAGGAGCCAACACCCCAGAGGCAGCCCGAUGAGGGAAAGAGGGGCACGUUCAGCCAUUUCACCUCACCAGUCCUCUCCUUGGCCUCUCUUAGCGGGGCCGGCAUAUGGGUGAGGGGGCAGCCCCUGGGGCCUGAGCUGCCCGGCACAGGAUGCCCCGAGGCCCUCCCUUUAUGCCCUUGCUGCUGCUGCUGCUGCUGCUGCUCUCACUUCCCCAUAGCCAGGCUGCCUUCCCCCAGGACCCCCUCCCCCUCUUCACCUCUGACCUGCAAGGUUCUUCCCCCUUAUCCUGGUUCCGGGGGCUGGAGGAAGAUGCUGUGGUUGCAGAACUGGGGCUAGACUUCCAGAGAUUCCUGACCUUGAACCGGACCUUGCUAGUGGCUGCCCGCGACCACAUCUUCUUCUUUGAUCUUCAGGCCCAAGAAGAAGGGGAAGGGCUGGUGCCCAGCAAGUAUCUGACAUGGAGGAGCCAAGGGGUGGAGAACUGCGCUGUACGGGGAAAGCAGACGGAGUGCUACAACUACAUUCGUGUCCUCGUUCUCCGGGACUCCCAGACGCUCCUCGCUUGUGGAACAAACUCAUUCAACCCCAAGUGCCGCAGCUACGGGAUAACUUCACUGCAGCAGGAGAGUAAGGAGAUGGAUGGGCGGGCUCGAUGCCCCUUUGAUGCCACCCAGUCCAAUGUGGCCAUCUUUGCAGAGGGCAGUCUGUACUCAGCCACAAACACAGAUUUCCAGGCCAGCGAUCCUGUCGUUUACAGAAGCCUUGGGCCUCUGCCCCUGCUCCGCACUGCCAAGCACGACUCCAAGUGGCUCCGAGAGCCACACUUUGUCCAUGCCUUGGAGCACGGAGACCAUAUUUACUUCUUCUUCCGAGAAGUCUCUGUGGAGGAUGCCCGGCUGGGGAGGGUGCAGUUCUCCCGCGUGGCCCGUGUGUGCAAACGUGACAUGGGCGGCUCAAACCGGGCCCUGGAUGGCCAAUGGACAUCCUUCCUGAAGCUCCGGCUCAACUGCUCUGUCCCUGGGGACUCGACCUUUUAUUUUGACGUCUUACAGGCCUUGACUGGGCCCGUGAGCCUGCAUGGUCGCUCUGCUCUCUUUGGGGUCUUCACCACCCAGACCAAUAGCAUCCCCGGCUCUGCAGUCUGCGCCUUCUACCUGGAUGAUAUUGAGCGUGGGUUUGAGGGCAAGUUCAAGGAGCAGAGGAGUCUGGAUGGGGCCUGGACCCCUGUGUCUGAGGACAGGGUCCCCUCACCCAGGCCCGGAUCCUGUGCAGGUGUGGGUGGAGCCGCCUCAUUCUCCUCUUCAAAAGACCUUCCUGAUGACGUCCUGACCUUCAUCAAGGUUCACCCACUGCUGGACCCUGCAGUGCCCCCUGCCAUCCAUCAGCCGCUCCUCACUCUUACAAGCAGGGCUCUCCUGACGCAGGUGGCUGUAGAUGGCAUGGCUGGUCCCCACAGUAACACCACUGUCCUGUUCCUGGGCUCGGACGACGGCGUAGUGCUGAAGGUGCUGCCUCCAGCGGGGCGUCCUGGAAGACCUGAUCCCAUCCUCUUGGAAGAGAUUGACGCCUACAGCCCCUCUCGGUGCAGUGGGAAGCAUGCAGCCCAAACAGCAAGACGCAUCAUAGGGCUGGAGCUCGACGCUGAGGGUCACAGGCUCUUUGUGGCUUUUUCCGGCUGUAUCAUCUCCCUCCCUGUCAGCCGCUGUGCUCGGCAUGGGGCCUGUCAGAGGAGUUGUCUGGCUUCUCAGGACCCAUACUGUGGAUGGCAUAGCUCCAGAGGCUGUGUGGAUGUCUGGGGGCCUGAAGGGACUGAUAUAGAUCAGGCUGGAAAUCAGGAACCCAUGGAGCAUGGUGACUGCCAAGAUGGAGCAACUGGGAGUCAGUCUGGGCCUGGGGACUCCGCUUACGUGCUUCUGGGUCCUGGCCCUUCCCCAGAGGCCCCCAGUCCCCCCAGUGAUGCCUCGGGGCCCCAGUCUUCCACUCUUGGAGCUCACACUCAGGGCGUGCGCCGGGACCUCCCCGCGGCCUCGCCCUCGCACUCCGUCCCCGUCCCGCUCCUCCUGGCCAGCGUGGCCGCAGCCUUCGCCCUGGGCGCCUCCAUCUCUGGCCUCCUGGUGUCCUGUGCUUGUCGCCGCGCCCACCGACGAGGGAGAAAGGACAUCGAGACCGCGGGGCUCCCGCGCCCUCUCUCCCUCCGCAGCCUGGCGCGGCUGCACGGGGCAGGCGCGGAGCCCCCUCCGCCAGCCAAGGACGGAGACGCCGCGCAGACCCCGCAGCUCUACAGCCCCUUCCUGCCCCCGCCCGACGGCGGGGCCCCGCCCGAGCUGGCCUGCCUGCCCACGCCGGAGUCCACGCCCGAGCUGCCGGUCAAGCACCUCCGCGCGCCCGCGGCGCCCUGGGAGUGGAACCAGAACGGGAACAACGUCCGCCCGGAGCCUCGCGCAUUCGGCCUCGAGAGCCCUCCAGGGCAAUCGGGGCGGCUGCGGUCCCCCGGGCUUAAUCAGGAAGCGUUUCCUGAAGGAGGCAAGCGAAGAAAUGGCGCAUAGGGGUGAGCCAGGGCCCAGGAGACCGCGGCGGAGAGAAGUGGGGUCGGGGCGGCGCUCCCUCGGCUGUGGAUUGAGGUUAAGGUUAAGAGUGCCGGGCGCCCGGCCCAUCUAUGGGGCUGAGGAGGGAACGUUCGCAGAAAUAAAACGAAGCUGCAGCGUGAUUUUUACAUCAGGAAGUCUUGCCCUAAGGAAAAUUUGGCUGGAACAGUUUGGGUUGCUUGAGGGCUAAAGCUGCAAAAAACAGCAAAGGCUUCAGCCCUGCUGGGAGCAAGGUUGUGCCCACAGUUCCCCAGCGAACGGUUCUUCAGACGCGCAGGGGGCGUACUUCCUCGCGCGCAUGCGCGGUCUCAGCUCGCAGAGCCCUCGGCGCGCUGCAGCCUGCGCGGCCAGGCUGAUGCGCUUGUUCUCCAGCUGGUGCUACCCACAGUACCCGUGCAUUAUUCUGGGUGCCAAGGGGAGGCGCGAUUGGGGCAUCUGCCUUGCCCGCCUACUUGGCGUUAAGGACACUUAAGGCCUUGCGCGGGCUGUGGCUGCUUUUGCGGAUUUGCAAGUCAGGGUUUUCGCAGGCGCGUGGUCACUGUAUCCGCCCGGUUCAGCCCAGGUCGUCGGCCGUGGGCGCCGCCUGGAGGCCACACGGAGCCUUGCAGCUCAGGAAGCCCAACGAGUGCGUCUCCUAGCGCUUCUAAAAUGUUCUCAACCGGAAAGUGCUUAGUGAAAUUGGUGAAUAAACCUGGGAUUAUUCCUG